CACCUCCCAAGGACAAACCUCACAACUCAAGGCCCGAGUCAAGAGAGUCUGAACGGAAGCUUGGUUUUCUCCUCCAGUUUGACUUUCGUUGCUAUAUUGAAAGACUCAAACUGGACCAUCCUUAGACAGGACAUUUGUCCUCAUGUCUGUUCAGCCUUUGUAAAAGACUUUGACAGGAUUCACUGGAAGUCUUUCUCUCCGCCCCACACAUACUGUGGAUUUUCUGCUUUGGCAUUUCGGUCACUUGGAAUGACCACUAACGUCUCGAGUUCUGGAACCUCUGGAUUUGAUCUAAAAGAAAUGCUGAUUUUAUGUUGAUGAGAAAAUGAGAAACAGUUUCUCUAUAAAAUUAUGGUGUCUUUAAGACUCUUGACGUGGAGAAGACCCACGUGAGAGAAACAAAUCUUUGAGCAGUGCAAGCAAGAGCCUCCUGGCCUAGCAGCCAAGACUUCCUCUGACCUCCUGCCAUGUACCCCAACCCUCUCAUCUACUGCACCUGCUGGGACCCUUGGAACCUGGGACCACGGAAGCUAAUCAAGACCCCUCGGCCACCAACCAAGACCUCCACAGGGAAACCCAAGCUAACUCCUCUUCCUCCAGCUGCAAAAAAACAAAGUUAUGUUCAACCAACAACAAAACCUUUUGUUGCCCCGAAAGUGACAGUCCAUUUAGGAAAACAAGAGGAGAGCACUGCAUUACCUACUGAAGUGAUAAAUGUGUCACCUGGCUAUCGCCUCAUUCGAAAUAGGGAGCAGAUUUCUGUCACCUUGGGAGAUGAAAUGUUCGAGAAGAAAAAGCAGUUGAAGUCAGAGAUCAUGGACAAAAUCAAAAUUUCCAGGGUUGAUAUCAUUACUGACCUAGAAGAGCAGAUCUCAGAGCUGACUGUGAUCAUUGAGCAAAUGAAUAGAGACCAUCAGUCUGCCCAGAAACUGCUCUCGGAUGAAAUGGCUCUCCACUGCGCGGAGAUGCAGGAGAACUUCGAAAACAAGAACAGGGAACUCAAAGAAGCUCACGCAGCAGAGCUCAGUCAGUUGGAGAACAGCUACAAAGCAUCGUUGAAAGCAGAGAAGCUGGCUGCCCAGGAAAAACUAGAUGAGAUGGGAAAGGAAUAUAAGUAUUUGAAGAAUUUGUUUCAUAUGUAUCAGGACAGCAUUUAUGAUGAAAUGGAGGACAAGUGGUCAAAGAAGAAGGCGGACUGGGAGAGGGAGGAGAAGUUGGAGCGGGAAAAGAUCCUGCUACAGCAGAAACAUAAAAUGACAAAAAAGUUUGAGUUAGAGUCAAUAGAAGAAAAGAAGAAAAUAAAUGACUCCUACAGUGCUGUCUUUGAGAACUUCAUUCGCGAGAAGGAGGAGCUAUUGAAACAACAUGAAAAUGACACCUUACAAUUAGAGGAGCUGAGAAAGACCAAACAGGUCAUGGAGGAAGAGUUGAAUACACAAGCUGUUAUCCUGGAAACACUUAACACUACCCUCUACCAAACCCAGAUGGAACUUCAGAAAGAGAAAGCCACAGUGGGAAAUCUGGAGAAAAUGUUCCAGAUCAAGCUUGCCGAAGCUGAAGAAAAGUUUAAAUAUACCAUACAGCUUCUGACAGAAGAGAACAUUCAUCUAAGGCAAAAAAUAAUUGCCAAGAAUGAAGAAAUUUAUGAAGAACGAUCUUGGAGGUCUACCUCUAUUUAUGAGAACGAUUCUGACAUUUUAGAAGAUGACAGCAAUGGAAAACAAGAAUUAUGAGCCCAAAAGUUGCUCUCCCAUACAAAAGAUGGCAGGAACACUGACUCUCUAGGCUUAGAGAACUCUGGUGAGGUUUUCUGGAAAAAGUGUAUUAUGAGUUUAGUUCCUGGAAUGCCUUGGUUCUACUUUUGUCUUUUCACAAUCUGCUUUCUUCUAAGUGAUUGGGAAUGUUUGAAUUCUCAUCUCAAUUAUACAGAUUUUCAAGACUCUUCAUUGAAAGGUGAUGUUCUCUAUAUCUGGAUCUGCUCUUUCUCUGGGCAAGGUACUAUUUUCUCUUCCAUAUUUCUGGAUUUCAUUAUGAAAACACUGAUCUGAAGAACUUCCUAUUAAAUAUUGACUACAUUUUGAAGUUUAGCUUUUGUCCCUUUGGGGCACUUUGCUAGCAAGAAUGAUAAUUGAUUCAAUUCCAAAAACCUUUUCUCUUACGUGUGUCUCCACUGCUCCAUUUCUCAGUCAUCUUUCCUGUAACUAUGAUUUGGGAAAAGUUUCUGAUGAUUGUUGCCACCUUCUCUAAAUAAUUACCAGAAUUCAAAUCCUCACAGGGCAGGCAACAUAAAUAAGAGAGGUGGACUGGACAUAAGGAAAAAUAAUCACAAAAACAACCACAGUGGUAAAUGGUAAUUGGCAGGAGCCUAAAUGUAGGGGAUGGGAUGGGGUGGUAGGGGGGAGUGGGUGAACCCAUCUUCUUGUGUGGCAGCACUGGAAUGGGAUUGAUGUGGUCAGAUAUUCUGAUUUUUAAAAACAAUAAAAGAUAUUGUGGUUUUUAUGUGACACUGUCCCAAUUUUUACAUAUGGGGAACGCAUUUUU